UGUACGCUCCUCAACCAAACAACAAAGCCACUAAAAGAAAAAGCCAUGGCCAUGAGUAUUGCAACGGGCGCCAUGGGCUCCCUGCUCCCCAAGCUGAUCCAGCUCCUCAACGAGGAGGUCAAGCUGCAGAAGGGCGUCAAGGAACGCGUUAGAUCUCUUGAGCAAGAGAUGAGGAGCAUGCAAGCUGUCCUCCAAGUGGUGGGCGAGGUGCCGCGGGAGCAGCUCGAUGCCCAGGUCAAGCUCUGGGCAGGGGAGGUGAGGGAGCUUUCCUUCAAAAUGGAAGACGUCGUCGACAAGUUCCUGGUGAAUGUCGAUGACGGCUCCGAGCCUGCCGCCAAGUCCAACAAGCUCAAACGGCUCACCAAGAAGAUGGCCGGUUUGUUCACCAAGGGGAAGGAUCGCCACCAGAUUGCACACGCGAUCAAUGACAUAAACAAGCAAGUCCAAGAGGUUGCUGAAAGGCGUGCAAGGUACAAUCUCGACAAUAUUGUCAUCAGGCCUGCAGCCGUGACAGUCAAUCCUCUCCUUCGGGCCCUGUACACGGAAGUGACGGAGCUUGUUGGCAUUGAUGGGAAAAGGGACCAAGCGCUAAUGGAGUUGCUCUCGAACAAAGAUGACGUGUCCAACAAGAAGUUGAAGAUUGUUUCUGUCGUUGGAUUUGGAGGACUGGGCAAAACCACUCUUGUCAAAACUGUGUAUGACAAGAUCAAGGGGGAUUUUGAUUGCAGGGCUUUUGUUUCUGUCGGUCAAAAGGCUGACCCAAAGAAGGUUUUGAUGGACAUCCUUCUUGAUCUUGGCGUGCGAGGAAGUCAACUCACAUUGUUGGAUGAAACACAGCUCGUCAAGAAACUCCUGGAAUAUCUCGAGGAGAAAAGGUACCUCAUUGUAAUUGAUGAUAUAUGGGAAGCAAAAUUAUGGAAAAUCAUCAACUACGCAUUCUCCAGGGGUAACAAUGCUGGAAGUCGGCUAAUCACGACAACUCGUAUAGUUGAUGUAUCUAAAUUAUGUUGCUCGACAACUAAUGAUUCAGUUUAUCCAAUGGAACCGCUUAGUGAUUAUGAUUCCCAAAGGCUCUUUCAUAAACGGAUAUUUUCUCAAGAGAAUGGAUGUCCUCGUGAAUUUGAAAAAGUAUCUAGAGGUAUACUGAAGAAAUGUGGUGGCGUGCCAUUAGCCAUCAUUACAAUAGCUAGUGUUUUGGCUAGUGAUCAGAAAGUAAAUUCACAUCAUGAGUGGCAAGUUUUGCUCGAGUCUAUUGGGUGUGGACUUACCGAAGACCCCAGUGUAGAGGAGAUGUUGAGGAUACUAUCGUUCAGCUACUAUGACUUGCCUUGUCAUCUGAAGACAUGCUUAUUAUAUCUAAGCAUGUUUCCGGAGGAUCACAUGAUCAUGAAAGAUAAGUUGAUAUGGAUGUGGAUUGCUGAGAGGUUUAUCCAAUGUGAAACAACACAAUCUAGUCUCUUUGAGAUUGGAGAAAAUUACUUCAAUGAGCUCGUGAACAGAAGCCUUCUCCAGCCGGUAUCCGAUGAUUAUGGCAUUGUAUGUGCCUGCCGUGUACACGACAGUGUGCUGGAUCUAAUUUGUCUUUUGUCAAGGGAAGAGAACUUUGUCAGUGUAUUGAAUGGUAGCUUGUCAUCUGCGGCCAAUGUGCGCAGGUUGUCUCUCCAGAAGAUUAUCAAAGAAGAACAAGAAACCACACCUCUCGAAUCUGCGAGUAUGCUCCAAGUGAGGUCCAUUGCAACAUUUGUACCUGUUGUUGGUCUGAUGCCUCAUUUCUCAGGCUUUGUUGUUUUACGUGUAUUGAAUUUGAGUGAAUGUUGGAUUGAUAAAGAUAACCUUGGGGAAUUGUGGAAUUUAGUUCACCUGAGGUACCUAGGCCUAUCAGAUACAGGACUUGAUGAGCUCCCGGAAGAGGUUGAAAAGUUGCGGUUUUUGCAGGUUUUGGAUGUGAGUCAAAACGGUGGUAUAGAAAAACUGCCAUCGAGUGUUACUAAACUGAGAAGAUUGAUGUGCCUACUUUAUGAGGGAAGCUGCAAUCGGCUUCCAGAUGGGAUUGGAAAUCUGACAGCAAUGGAAGAGUUGAGUUGCAUCCAUGGUGACUCUCUAAGUAUUGUGAAAGAGAUGGGCAGAAUGAAAAGGUUGAGAAAGUUUGAAAUUAAGUUUGAGCAUAUGAGCUUGGAGUUGGAGGAAGCUUUUGUGAAGUCACUAGGGGAAAUGUCCAACGUCCAAAGUGUAACCAUUAUUAUUGAUGGUGGAUCUAAAAUGAUGGAUCUCUUGGGGGAAAAGUGGGUUCCCUCUCAAGGCCUCCGGGUAUUGAACACACGUCCUGAGAAAGCAUGUAGAUUCUCUAGGCUGCCAGCAUGGAUAAGAGAGAACCCCUCGCGGAUGUCGCAGCUCUCAUGUUUAUACAUUGGUGUGAAGGAAGUGCAACAGGUGGAUCUGGGACUGCUUGGAAGGCUGCCGGCUCUUCAUACUCUCAUACUGGAGAGCCUCCGCCAGGGGCCGCUAUUGGUCGAAGCUGAUGGAUUCCGUUGUAUAACAUUAUUCAGCUUGUGGUCCGGUUCGCCGGGCCAAGUCGUGUUCCAGCCAGGAGCUUUGCCCAAGGCGGAAGAGGUUUGGCUCCGUACCGGUCUGCCCGUCCCAAAAGAGGAAGCAGACGGCAACAACGGCAGUGAAUUGUUUGACACGGGCAUCGGUAACCUGCAGCCUUCCCUUCGGAGUGUCCGUGUCCAAUUUUGCACUUCGCUGCUUCGAAAGGAGGCCGAGGAAGCGAAGUCUGCACUGAAGACUGCACUCAGUGCCCAUCCUAACCGCCCCUACUCUUGCCUCUCCGUACAAGUCAACAUCGGUAACGAGGACGACGGUGGGUGGGUGUGAAGAACCUGCUCGUCUUCACAUGCAUGCAGGAUGUCAUUGUCUACCGAAGACUUGCGCGCCUCUGCAGUAUGGCCGACGACAACAUCAAUCGGAACACUUGCUGUUCGUUGAGCUUCUUUGUUAAGCUUACCUCUUGUCUUAAACCAAAACAGAAAAAUACCAAAAAAAGAAGAAGAAGUGGACUAUUUGUUAAGCUUACCUCUUGUCUUAAACCAAAAAAGAGAGGUGGUGGAGGGGGGGGGGGGUGAGAUGAGCUUGCUUUUUCCAAAAUAUAUGUACUUCUAUUUAUUUUAUUUUGCUGUAACGACUAGUGUCAUAUUGCCUGAAGCAAAGAAAAUCCAAAAAAAGUAUAGGUUUUACGUUUUAUGCAAUUUGCUAGUUUUUUUGGAAGGUCUGGUCUGUGGGUGGAUUUUUACAGGGUGUGGGAGGUGAGGGAACCCCGCCUAUGGUAUUGAUGCUAAGCUUUUGCUUAACAUUAUCCAUAGCCGGUCCCAAGCCCGGAUAAAGGAGGAGGGUCCCAUCAUAUAUAUAUACUUUUUGUUUGACCAAAACAAUAUUAAUUCUUUAA